AUGAGUCUCUCAAUAGAUAUCGUUACCCCCAACGGGCGCAGCUAUAAGCAGCCCACCGGCCUGUUCAUCAAUAAUGAAUUCGUCCCCGCCACAUCUGGACAAACCAUUACUUCAAUUGACCCUGCCACCGAUAAGCCAAUCGCCACUGUCGAGGCUGCCAGCCCCGCUGAUGUCGACCGCGCCGUGAAGGCCGCCAAGGCCGCGCUCGUGCACCCAUCAUGGAAGCUCCUGCCCGCCACCGACCGAGGCCAGCUGAUGGCUCGUCUGGCCGAUUUAAUGUGGGAGAACCGGGAGCUUCUCGCCACGAUUGACGCGUGGGACAAUGGAAAGCCGUACCACGUCGCCAUGGAAGAGGACCUUGUCGAGGCAACCACUACCAUUCGCUACUACAGCGGCUGGGCCGAUAAGACUUUUGGUCAGACUAUCAACACCACUCCUCAGAAAUUCGCUUAUACACUCCGUCAACCCCUCGGUGUUAUCGGUCAGAUUAUCCCAUGGAACUAUCCUCUGGCCAUGGCAGCCUGGAAGCUGGGUCCUGCUCUUGCAUGUGGUAACACUGUUGUGCUUAAGCCCGCUGAGCAGACUCCUCUCAGUAUCCUGGUCUUUGCGAACUUGGUCGUUGAGGCUGGUUUCCCUCCUGGUGUUAUUAAUAUCGUGAACGGAUACGGUCGUGAUGCCGGUGCCGCACUCACUAACCACCCCUUGGUCGAUAAGAUUGCCUUCACUGGAUCCACCGCCACUGGCAGCCAGAUCAUGAAGAUGGCUGCUGGCUCGUUGAAGAAUAUUACCCUCGAGACUGGUGGCAAGUCGCCACUGCUCGUUUUCCCUGAUGCAGAUAUGGACCAGGCGGUUAAGUGGUCGCACUCUGGUAUCAUGUCUAACCAGGGCCAGAUUUGCACUGCUACUUCGCGUAUCUUCGUGCAUCGCGAGAUCCUUCCUACCUUCUUGGCUGAGUUCAAGAAGGCUGUUGAGGGUGUCACGAUCGGUGACCAGUGGGAUGAGAAUACCUUCCAGGGCCCCCAGGUUACUCGCGCGCAGUACGAGCGUGUCCUCUCGUUCUUUGAUAUUGCUAAGAGCGAGGGUGCUACGCUUGUUACUGGAGGUGCUGCUCACGUCCCUGCUAAGGCCGAGAACAAGAACGGAUACUUCGUCCAGCCCACCGUUUACACCGAUGUCACAGACGACAUGCGAAUUGUUCGUGAGGAGGUUUUCGGGCCCGUGGUUGUGAUCCUGCCCUUCGAUACCGAAGAGGAGGCUAUUCAGCGCGCCAACGACACCUCUUACGGUCUCGGUGCUGCUGUCUUCACCACUGACUUGGAGCGUGCGCAUCGUGUGGCUUCCGAGCUCGAGUCGGGUAUGGUUUGGAUUAACAGUAGCCAGGACUGUGAUCCUCGCGUUCCUUUCGGCGGUGUCAAGCAGAGCGGUAUUGGCCGCGAGCUUGGAGAGGCUGGAUUGGAAGCCUACAGCCAGAUCAAGGCUGUCCAUGUCAAUAUGGGAAACAGACUGUAA